AUGUCUGAUUUCCACAUCAUCACUCCCUCAGAGCGCGAGUCCUCUCGCAAGAACCAAAUGCUGCACGCGUUCCAGCGCUUCCUUGCAAAGUCUUCCGGAGGCUCCUCGUUCCGCUCUACUCAGAGGAACCGGAAUUCUAAUGCAGUUUUAUCUUCACCUAUUCCAGCUACCACACCCUCCUCUACUGUCGUCCAGCAACAGCAGAACGCCACGGAAGCUCUCUCGCUUGGGCUUCCGAAGCCGUCCCUUCCACGCAUCGGGGUCGUCAAUAUCAGCGACAUCUCCCGCAUUCGCACUCCACAGGCUUGCGAGAGAUGCCGCGAAAGGAAGACGAAGUGCUCCGGCACCCGCCCGACGUGCAAGCGCUGCUUCCACAGCGGAGCACAAUGUGUUUAUGUGCUUGACCACAAGGCUAAUCGGGCGCAACUGAGGAAGCUGAGAGAAGCUGCCGGCUUCUUCCCCAAGGGCCUCCGUCCGGCUCGUAAGGAAGGCCGCACUCAGCGUAAACCCUCUCCCUCUAAGCUCGACAAUCUCCUUAGAAUGUGGAGGUCCGAUGCUUUGAGCUCAUCCGAGUCGCCCAAAACGGCUGUACCUGCGUUGUCGCACAAUGCACCUCAACCCACAGAAAUGAUCGCUCAGCAGGUCACACCCGAUCCUCUGGCAAGUAUGUACUAUCCUGUAUCAGAGGAGUCGCCCUUCUCUCAGGUUCCGUCUCCCUCUGCGCCUUCAGUCCUGGAUAGCUCGUACUCGUUCAUGGAAAUGGAUUCGAAGAUUGACGCUGCAGUGACGAUGAUGAUGGCGAACGAGAACAUCGUUCUGCCUCAGGAUAUGACAAAGGACUGGGACUCGCUUAUGCUCGCGCCGCCCGCCAUGCCGUCGCUCUCGAAUUCGUCCGAAGCGUCUUCUAGCUCCGGUUGCUCUCCGCUUCCUACACCCGUCGAUCUGGAUAUCGUCAUGGCAGACAUGUUCGGGCCGGAUGCUGUCGCGGCACCCGCCUUACCCGUCAGGGCGGGCCCCUUCGCUCCCGAGCUGCCCAGCUCCGACUCCGAGCUCGAGCGGGAGCUCGAACGCGAGAUGGCGGAGAUCUUCGGCUCCACGAACGACGAUGGGACUGUGAAGUUCGGCCUGGCACGUCCGAUCGAGCCCAUGCCCGUCCGUCCCGAGCAUUUUGGUCUGCCUCUGGACGUGCCAGUCCCUAUUCUCCCCUUCCCGGGGCGUUCGUUCCCGCCCGUCAACACGACCGGCGCAUACUUUGACGAGAACAUGUUUGAAGCGUUCCGCCCCAGAGCUCCCGCGUCGAUGGCUCGGGUGCCGGAGAUUAAGGUAGACAUGGACAACGUGCCUGCAAGCAUGAACGUGGUGCCUGGCAUGAACAAUGCCGACAAUGAUGAAUCGCAAUCGACGUUCGACGAGAUAUUCAAUCUCGCCGGUGGCCAGCCGGAAGUGCCGCCAUUUUCGAGUGGAAAACUCUCCACGAUCGUGGAGGACAGCUCGGAGGCGUGCACGGAUGGAGGGCCAUCGACCAAUUCGGAGCUGGACGCGCUGUGGACGGACUUGUUUGGCGUUUCGGAUGGCGCGAACGGGGAUCAAUGA